AUGACGUCUCUCAUCGGUCUUUUGUCGACAACACUCACUUUCGUUACUCUGUCGAAAUGUCUCACGCCAGCGCAAUGGAGAUCGCAGUCGAUAUAUCAGGUCAUGACAGACAGAUUCGCGCGGAGCGAUGGAUCAACAACAGCACCUUGCAACAUAAACGAUUACUGCGGCGGGACAUGGAGGGGUAUAAUCAAUCAAUUGGACUACAUAGAGCAGAUGGGAUUCACAGCGGUAUGGAUCAGCCCAGUCGUGAAGAAUCAUGUCCAUCUCAGUGCAGAUGGGAACUCCUAUCACGGGUACUGGGCACAAGACUUGUAUGCGAUCAACGAACAAUUUGGAACGAGGGACGAUCUGAGAGCGCUUUCCGAUGAGCUGCACCGCAGGGGCAUGUAUUUGAUGGUCGAUGUGGUCCCGAAUCACAUGGCAUCUUUCUCCUCUCGAUAUUCUGUCGACUACAGCCAGUUCAAACCUUUCAAUCAACAGUCCUACUUCCACAACAACUGCGCGAUUGACAUGAAGAUCCCGGAUACUAUACAGAGAUGCUGGAUGGGCUCCGACGUUGUCUCACUCCCAGACUUGCGGACCGAAGACCCGACCGUCGCCAGCAUGUUGCAACAGUGGAUUGGUCAGUUAGUGGCAAAUUACUCCAUUGACGGUCUCCGCAUAGACACUGCUCAGGAGGUCAAUCAGGGCUUCUGGCCUGGCUUCCAGGCUGCAGCCGGAGGUAUACAUGCGCUGGGAGAAGUUUGGAACGGGAAUCCGAACGAGCUUUGUUCAUACCAGAACUCUCUGAGUGGCGUCAUGAACUAUGCUGCAUAUUUCUGGAUCAGACAAACGUUCGCAAAUUCGAGCACGUCGAUGGAGACACUGGCCAGUAACAUGAACUGGAUGAAAUACACGUGCAGCGACACAACAUUGCUUGGUUCGUUCACCGAAAACCAUGACAAUGCCCGCCUGCCAUAUUUCUUCCCCGUCAUGACCCGCAUCAAGAAUGCCAUGGCCUUUCAAAUGCUUGCCGAUGGCAUUCCAAUCAUAUAUCAAGGGCAGGAACAGAUGUACAGAGGUGGCUGGACACCGAACAAUCGCGAAGCGCUUUGGCCUUCAGGCUACAACCGGGACACUGAGCUUUACAGACAUAUCCAAAAGCUGAAUCAAAUACGGAAUUGGGCCAUCUUCCAGGAUAGCGGCUAUGUCACUUACAAGGCAACGCCAACAGCCAUCAGUCGGACCGUGAUCGUCAUGCGCAAAGGCAAUCCCGACAAGCAGAUAGUGGGUGUCUUCAACAACUGGGAACCGGACAAUACGGGAACAGUAACGAUAUCGUCAGCGAGCUCCGGCUUUGGACCUAACCUUCAAGUGCUGGAGGUCAUGUUUUGCACCCGAUUGACGACUGACAGCCGUGGUAAUCUCGGCUUGACGAUUCCUUCUGGACAGCCGCUGGUUCUGUAUCCAGUAGCAAGUCUGGCCAACAGUGGAGUCUGUGGUCUGUAA